AUGGAGGUUGGGGGGCAGGCGAUGAUGGAGCCCCAGGGGGUGGAACUCGAGGAUGACAGCAUCAAUUUCUGGGCCUCCCUUGGCGUGAGCACCCAUGUCCAUGGCGUUGACCAGAUGGCGCUCCACAAUGUGCACAUUCUUGACCACCAAGGACAGUCACUGCCACCGGCGGUGGUCUCACACCCAGAGUCUGUCUGUAAGGAGUUGUUCCCUGUUGAAGUCGACCCAUGCCUUGAGCCCCGGGUGGGGAUGGAAUUCGAGUCGGGCGAGGCUGCCAAGACCUUCUAUAUUGCUUAUGCUGGCCGUGUUGGGUUUUCGGUCCGCAUUGCUCGGUCCCGUAAGUCCAAGUGCAGUGAGUCCAUCAUCAUGCUAAGGUUUGUCUGCUCAAGGGAAGGGUUCAGCAAGGAGAAGCGUGUUGUUGCAGGGAAGAAGACAAGGAAGAGGCUAGCCUCCAUCAGGGAAGGCUGCAACGCCAUGCUUGAGGUGCUUCGCAGAGGCGACAACAAGUGGGUUGCCACCAAGCUUGUCAAGGAGCAUAACCAUGAGGUUGGGAUGCCCAGCACAGUGCACUAUAUAGCCACUGAGAGCGAUACUAUGGUUGACCCAUACAUUGACAUGGAGUUUGAAUCCCUUGAGUCUGCCAAGACAUUCUACUACUCGUAUGCUAUCCGUGCGGGAUUUGAAGUUCGCGUGCGCCAGUCUCGAAAAUCACAAGAUGAGUCACUCAAGAUGCUAAAGCUUGUGUGCUCAAGGCACCGUUACCAUUCAGGACGGGAGAACAAUGGAGACGAUACCAAGAGAGAUCCCUCCAGAGACGGUUGUAGUGCACUGUUUGAGAUAAUUCGGAAGGACAAAGGUAUCUGGAGGGUCUCCAAACUCAUCCUAGAGCACACUCAUGAGCUGAACCCUGCACCAGCAAGCAGCGUUUGUUGUGUCCGCUCACAAGGUGAGAUACUUGUCAUUGCAAAGAACUUUGCUGACACACGAAAUCUUCUAUUGAAUGGCCAAGAUUCUCAGCCUCGUAGAGAGAUCCGGUAUAAUGAUCUGGGGCCAGAGGAUGCUCAAAGCCUACUUGAAUAUCUUAAAAAGGUACAGGCUGAGGACCCUGCAUUUUUCUAUGCUGUGCAGCUUGACAAGAAUGAGGACACGGUCAAUAUCUUCUGGGCUGACGCGAGUGCUAGGAUGGCUUAUUACCAUUUUGGUGACGCUGUUAAGUUUGAGACAGCAUACAGGAGCAACAAGGAGCAUAUACCUAUUGUCAUAUUUUCAGGUGUCAAUCAUCAUGUGCAGCCUGUUAUUUUUGGCUGUGCACUACUUGUUGAAGAAUCUGAAGAAUCAUUUGUAUGGUUAUUUGAGAAAUGGCUUGAAGCAAUGCAUGCGAGGCCUCCUGUUUCUUUCGUAACAGAGCUGAACCAAGAGAUGGCAGCUGCAGCUGCCAAGGUAUUACCUGACACCUGUCAUAUUUUCUGUGAAAAGCAUAUAUUAGGCACGGUCAAGGAGGAGUUGCAUAGUAUUUAUCCCGGACUAGACCAUUUCAUAACUGAUCUGAGAAAGUGCAUUGAUGGAUGUAGAAUAGAAGAAUCAUUUGAAUCAUGUUGGGAAUCAGUUCUCAUGAAACAUGGCUUUAGAAAUAAUGAACAUUUACAGUCUCUUUAUGAUAUUCGCAAACGAUGGGCCCCUGCAUACACAAAGCAAUCAUUUCAUGCCAGAAACCUGCUUGCACAAAGCUGUGAAAAUCUUGAAAAGAUUAUAGAUACAUACUUCUCGUCCAAGACCCAAUUACAGGUGGCUGUGCAGCAACUUGAACAAGCUAUUUGUAAUUUCCAUGCGAAAGAAGCCCAGGCAGAUUAUCUGACAAUGUUUCAACUACCAGCACUGAGGACUGCUUCACCAGUGGAGAAACAAGCAGGUUUAGUAUUUUCUAGGAAAGUGUUUGAUAUAUUUCAGGAGCAAUUUGCGGAGUCCUUUGGGUACCAUGCAGAGAGGCUCGAGGAUAGGAUGCUACACAAGUACCGCCUAACAGUAGAUGAUGGGGACGAGGAGGCACAUAUUGUCUCUUUCAGUCCAGAUCAAACUACAGUGUGCUGUAGUUGUUGCUUAUUCGAGAGCUGUGGAAUCUUGUGCAGGCAUGCUCUUCGAGUUUUUAUCAUCGAAGGAGUGCGUUUCCUUCCAAAGGCCUAUGUCUUGAAACGCUGGACAAAGCAUGCAAAAAGUACUGUCACCUUGGAUAACUACAUUGAACUAAGGGGAUACUGUGAGGAUCCUUCAACUUCAAGGUACAAUGAUCUUUGCUAUGAUGCAAUCAAAUGUGCAAAAGAGGGCUCAACAUCCACUGAGCGCUAUAAAAUUGCUAAAGAGGCACUAUGCAAGGCUCUUGAUGAAAUAAUGCCUACAAGGAAUAUUAGAGAGCAAAAUUCACAAAACUGUACAACAUCAUUAAAAAGUCCAGUCAAGAAAUUUGGGACAGCCAAAGGUACCUCUGGCAAGAGCAUAAAGAGACAUUACUGUUCAAAAAGAAUGUAG